AUGUCUUUUCAACAACACUAUGGACGUGGAAGUGAAGCUAAGGGAAUGCAUUUCAGCCUAACAAUUCUACCUCAUGAGUUGCAAGAUCAAGAGCUUAUGGUUCCAAGAAAUUUUGUGGAAAAGUAUUGGAAAGGAGUAUCAAAUCCAAUAUCUCUAAAAUUUCCAAAUGACUCCGAGUGCAAAAUGAAUUGGGUACUACGUGAUAAUGAUAUUUGGCUUCUUAAUUGGAAAAAAUUUGCGCGGUCGCUUAGAUGCGGCGAUCUUUUAGUUUUCCAAUACAAAGGAGGGUCUGAUUUUCAUGUCAUUAUAUUAGAUGACAGUAAAUUGGAAAUUGACUAUUCAAGUAUGAGAUUCAACGAUCAUCAAGAUUCUUACAAACAUUGUAAACAAGAAGAAGAGAGUGAUGAUGAUUGUGUUGAGAUUCUAAAUAAUAUGAAUGCAACUCAAGGGACAAAUAUGAAUGCAACCAAGCAAAAAGUCUCAGUUGAUGUAGGUGCUGAAGCCACUGAAGAAUCAAGUGAUGAAUCGAGUGAUGAGAGUUCAUAUGAGAAUGAAAUGCCAAAGCAAGCUCGACGAAGGACAACAAAUGGCAAGAGAAAAGUGAGUAUGGAUUUUGACACCACCCAACCAAAAUUCUCAGAUUCAGAAGGUCAUAAGGUGAUGAAACAUAACACAUUCAAGAUUUAUGUGAACAAUUGCCUAUACCCGGAUGUACCAAAUGAAUUUAUGAAAAGAGGAUGUCAUGAAAAUCUUGUGGAGUUGAAAAUAGGGAUACAAUCAUGGUUCAUAAAAGUGAAUUAUUAUCCUAGUAUCCGUGGCUGUAGAUUCGGUAAAGGUUGGAGAAAUUUUGUGGAAAAUUGCAAAGUGAAGUUUGGAAAUACUUGUCUCUUCGAGCUGAUUGAUAAGGACAAAUUUGUGUUUAAAGUUUCAAUUGUUAGAUAG